AACGUCUCGGGGUCCGCGGGGACAGGUACUGAAAAAAAAAAACUGCCUUGACUGCGUAACCAUUAUGAGAUGGCUCUUUGGACUACCCGAGCGGAUAGGCAAAAAGAAACAAGGACCCUCCCUGUCUUGCUGAACCUCGGUCGAAGGACGAGACGCUGGUCAUCUUGUGAAGACGUGCAAUUGAGCAGCCAAACAGCGAUUUUUUAUCAGAUCGAGGCUAUUGAUGCAAGAUGUUAACCCCAACAGCAUAUCUAGGAAGGUACGUACCUACCUAGUUGGCGGGCAAACCGAAAAGCAAGGUCAGCCCUGUCUCAGCUAAAAUACGCCACCAUGGACAUCUGAUACUACAAUCCUCGGCAACGCUACGUACCCAAGACAGCUUGCCAGCUCCCAACUGGGUGACUACCUAGUUGGGUACCCUGCAUAUCUCAAUGAGUAGCUAAAGUGCCUUGGCAACCUUAACAGGCCCUUUACCACGACCGCUCGGCUGCUUUUUCUGUUGAGCUACCGGCAGAUGAAUAGCUAGGUACAUUUGACCAAAAGCCCAGAGGACGCAGAUUAAAAACCCCAACAGCCCCAACUUUGCAAACUCUUGUUUAAUGUACAUGAAGACAUAGACUUGCAACUGUUCUGCAUACUACUUCAAUCUUGGGAUCGUUUUGCCAAGUCGAAAAUCCAUUGCCCAAUCUGCCUCCAGCAUUCUACCACCUGCUUGCUAGUGCACAACCAUGAACGGCACACACAAUCCUGACAGGGCGGUCAAUGGCGUCCACCGGAGCAACGGCACCAACGGCACCAACGGCACAAGGGCCAACGGUGUCAAUGGCACCAUGACACACGAGGAUUACGACGUCGUCAUCAUCGGCGCCGGCAUAUCGGGAAUAAACUCUGCCUACCGUCUGCGCGAAGCCUUCCCGGACCUCAAGUUUGCCGUGCUGGAGCGUCGCAACGUCAUCGGAGGCACCUGGUCCUUUUGGAAAUACCCGGGCAUCCGCUCCGACAGCUCCCUGUCCGUCUUUGGCUUUUCGUGGCACCCCUGGCCCCACGAGGUCGACUUUGCCCCGGCCCACCUGAUCACCGAGUACAUUGAAGACGCCGCCAAGACCCAAGGGCUCGACAAGCACAUCCGGUUCGGAUACGACGUCCAAUCCAGCUCCUGGUCGAGCGAUGAGCAAAAGUGGACGCUGGAAGCAGAGGUCCACCACCAGAGGCAAGGCGGCGAUGAUGAUGAUGAUGAUGUGCGUCACGUCACGAUCAAGACUGGGUGGGUCUUUAUGUGCAGCGGCUACUACGAUUAUUCCAGGGCACGCGAGGUCGACAUCCCCGGUCUCGAGAGGUUCCAGGGCGAGGUGGUGCACCCGCAGUUUUGGCCCGAGGAGACGGACUGCACGGGCAAGCGCGUAGUGAUCGUCGGGUCGGGCGCAACGGCAAUCACCAUCAUGCCCGACAUUGUCGACAAGGCUGCGCAAGUCACCAUGCUGCAGCGCAGUCCGUCCUAUGUGCUGGCGCUGCCCAAGAGGGACCGCAUCAGAAACCUCCUCCGGCGCAUCUUGGGCAUCCGCCUGGCGAGCAAGAUUGACUUUUGGCGCCGCUGCCUGCUGGAAGUGAUCUUUGCGCAGGGGUUCCUGCUAAACUUCCCCGAGGCGGGGCGCAGGUACCUCAACAUGGAAGCAAAAAAGAACCUGCCGUCGGACUACCCCGUGGACGUGCACUUCAACCCGCGCUACAACCCCUUUGAGCAGAGGCUGUGCAUGUCGCCGGACGGGGACUUUUGGCAGGCGCUGAAGCGGCCCAACUGCCAGGUGGUGACGGCGACCAUCGACUCUUGCGACGAGGGGGGCUUGGUGCUCAAGCAGGGGCCCAAGGGCGUGCACACGCCCGAGAGGCUGGACGCGGACAUGAUCAUCACGGCGACGGGGCUGUACGUGCAGAUGCUGGACGGCAAGUCGCCCGUGGUGGACGGCAAGGUGAAGCCGACCAACGAGAGCUACAUCUGGCGCAGCUGCAUGCUGGACGGCGUGCCCAACGCCUGCUCCAUCCAGGGCUACGUGGCCGGCUCCUGGACCCCCGGCGCCGACGUUCGCAUCAAGACGGUGCUGGCCGUCAUGAAGCACCAGAGAAGGGUCGGCGCCACCUCCGCCACCCCCUACAUGACCCCCGAGGAGAGGAGGAGCAUGCCCAAGCGUCCCGUCAUCCCCAACAGUUCGACCUACCUCAAAGAGGCGAGGAGUCGUCUGCCGUUGGUGGGUGAUAGGGAUCCGUGGCGGUACGGGUCUAAUGUGGCCGCGGAUAUGUGGCAGUACUAUACGGGAAGUGUCACCAAGGGGAUGAAGUAUGCGAUGUCGGGGAACAAGGAACAUGAAGACUGAGAAUGCAGUCUUGUGAGGGUUUGGGUUUGGGUUUGGUUUUUCUUGGAUGACUUGUUAUUUUAUUUUAUUUUCUUGUACACUUUAGUAGUUGGUGAUUGACGGUACAAUUGUUUUUUGCUGUAGAUGGUUGGAUAAGGUAACUACCUCAGGCAGGUAUGUAUGUAUGCAGCUUUGCUAGGUAUCAUGAAAAGAUACAAAUCAAGACUCAACUUAACCCC